CUAGGAAGAUACGGAGAUAACUGUGAAAUGUUUUGCCACUGUAACGGACCAUGUGACUUAGUUACAGGAAAUUGUACAUCUGGUUGUUUAGAUGGAUGGAUUGGUUAUAGAUGUGACAUUGUAUGUGCUAAUGGAAACUUCGGAAGUGAAUGUAGUAGGCAUUGUUCUGCAAACUGCUUAAAUCAACCAUGUAAUCAUGUAUCAGGCGAGUGUACUGGCGGUUGCAAUGAAGGAUUGGAAGGAUACAAUUGUACAAAAGAAUGUGACAUUGGGUAUUUUGGUAUUAACUGUUCGCAAACCUGUUUCGGAUGCAUAUCAAACCAAUGUGACAAAGUUAACGGCGUAUGCAGUAAUUCGAGUGGAUGUAAGUCAGGUUUUGUCAAAGAAAAAAAUUGCAAUAAAGAAUGCGAUGAUUGGAAAUUUGGGAAAGACUGUGCAAAGGACUGUUACUGUCGCACUAUACCUUGCAACAAGUUCAAUGGUCUUUGUUCUAAUGGAGAAUGUGCAAAAGGAUGGCAUGGUGAUAUAUGUGAUAAAGAAUGUGACAAUGGUUUUUAUGGUUUUAAUUGCGAACUGGAGUGUACAACAUGCAUCAACAAGUCAUGCGAAAUAAUUGAAGGCAAUUGUUCAUAUGGAUGUAUUGAAAGAUACGAAGGAGUUAAGUGCGAAGUGUCUGCAGUAGUUAUGCCCAACGACAACAGUUCAGGUGCAGCAGUAGGAGGAGGCAUAGCCACUGUAAUUGUUAUUUUAAUUGUUGCAGCAAUAAUAAUUUCUAUAUACAGGCGAAGAUCUAAUCCUAAAAGUGAAAAAUAUCUCAACAACAAGGACAAGAUAACUGGAAGCCACGAAAACAUGUAUUGUAAUCAUGAAAAUGCACUGCAGACGGAGGAUGUAUAUCUGAAUGUAGAACGUGUACACGAUUCAGAUAAUGCAAAACCUUCCGUGUCUGGUAAAAUAGAAAGUAAAACAAGUGUAACUGAAGUAAAAGACGAAUAUCCAGAAGAGUAUGAUGAUGAAGAAGAAGGAAACGUGUAUAAUAAUGUUGAAUCUGAACAACAAAUUACUAAAUACAAAGUACUAAUAGCAGACCUUAAAAAAGUUAUCAACGAGAAAAGAAAGAAUGAAGGUUUCAAGAAUGAAUAUGAAAUCUUACCUAAAGGUCUUGUUCACGCUCAUACUGAAGGUUCAAAAGAAGAAAACAAAGUUAAAAAUCGAUUCCUCUCAACAUGGCCAUAUGACCAUUCAAGGGUUGUGUUGACAGGAGAUACCAAGCAUGACUACAUAAAAGCUAGUUACAUUGAUAGUUAUGACAAAGAAAAGGCAUACAUAGCCGCACAAGGUCCGAAAAAGAAUACUCUAAGGGAUUUCUGGCAAAUGGUCUGGCAGGAAAAGGUUUGCAAAAUAGUGAUGGUCACGAAACUGGAAGAGGAAAGAAGGAAAAAAUGUGAACAAUACUGGCCUAAAACUGUCAAUAAAGCAACAAUGGUAGACAACUAUAGACUAACAAUGACAGAGGAGAUAUACCACACUAUUUAUGUGUACAGAUUGAUUAUACUAAAUAACAAAACGAAUCAGCAAGAACGAAAAGUUCAUCAUUUUCAUUUUACACAAUGGCCGGAUCAUGGUGUUCCAGAUAGCAUCAAACUGGUCAAUUUUUACAGGAAAGUGGAAAGCAAAAUAUGUGAUAAGAAUGGUCCAAUGGUGGUGCACUGCAGUGCUGGCGUUGGAAGGACAGGUACAUUCAUUGCUAUCGAUGCCCUUUAUGAGCAUGGCAAGAAAGUUGGCUACGUUGAUAUUAUGGAGUAUGUUCAGAUGAUGAGGAAAGACAGAAUGAAUAUGAUUCAAACACAUGGACAAUAUUCGAUCGUGUUUGAAGCACUGCUGGAACUAUUCACGGUUCCGAAUACGUCCAUUCAAAAGAAUGAUUUCUGCGAAUAUAUACAAAAGCAAGAAAACAAGACAUUACCAACAAAUCAAACAAUGUACAGAGAAGAGUUUCAGAGAUUGCGAACUUUGCGGCCAUCAUAUCCUUCUAGUGAGUUUACUGCUGCAAAUUGUAAAGAAAACAAAUCAAAGAAUUCUACAACAACUGUUCUUGCACAUGACAAAUAUAGACCUUACUUAAUGUCUUAUGGUAAAACCAGAAGUGACUAUAUCAAUGCCGUUAUAAUUCCAGGCUAUUCAGUUGAUAGUAAAAUGUUUGUAACACAGUGCCCGCUUGUUGAAACUGUAAUUGAUUUUUGGACAAUGAUGUAUGAUCACAGUUCCAAAAUUAUUGUUUUGUUGGAUCCCGGAAAUAAGGGUGCUCCAUUGUGGUUAGAGAAGAAAGAAAUGCUACAGUUUGAUGAUUUCCGUAUUGUCAAAGAAACGGAAAAUGCACAAGGAGAAUUUCCGCUUACUUUGAACCACACGAAAAAUAAAGAACAAAUUUCAAUUAAAGUAUUCACUGCUGAGGAUUGGACUAUCACUAGUGCAACACCAUCACCAGAGUAUAUGUUAGAUCUUCUGCAUCGUGUACAAAAUUGCUGGGAAACGCAGAAAGGCCCUAUCACUGUAGUAUGUAGUGAUGGCUGUAGUAAGAGUGGGUUAUUUAUAGGAUUGCGAUUAGUUUUGGAAAAAAUGCAGAUAGAUGAGGAAAUCGAUAUUUUUCAAGUAGUAAGAGAAAUUCAAACAAGGCGACCAGAAUUCCUUGAUGAAUUUGAUCAAUAUGAAUACUGUCAUCAGUGUAUUAGAGUCCUCCUCGGAGGUGAUUCUCGAGAUUCACAGUAUGCGAAUAUCUAGUGAAGUUAAAACGUUCUGUUAUUUUCUAUGUAUUUAUUUGUCAUUUGUAAUAUAUGUAUUUUACUUUUAGGUUCUGAGGUAGUGCUUCCACAUUUUGCUUUAAACGACAACAUACAAAUCGCAAACAUGUAUUGAAAAACGGGAAAAUGAUAUAACCGUAUGCUUUUUUUAAAUUCUGACGGAGUUUUAUUUUACAAGUGCCAAAUAUACGUACUUCGAUCAGUUUUAAAUAAGUAAAUCAUACAAAAAAGGGAUCAAGACGCCGAGUAUCUGUUGUCCUAAUUACAACUCGGUUAAGUAUCCCCAUGUGCAGUGGUUUUGUAAUUGUUAAGAAGAGAAAACUAUUUCUAAAGAAAUCUUACUUAAAUCUUAUAAAUUAUAAUUAUCAAUAAUAUUUGAACAUUACAUAACUACUGCCUGUUUCAAUUAACAAAUUUAACACAAAAGAUGUAAAAUAGUCGAGAGAGAUAAUAUAAUGCCAUGACUUUGCUUGAAUCAUUUUGCUUUCUUGAUGCAGUUGUUAAACAUUUUUCUUGGUAAAUAAUUAUCUCGCCAUUGUUUUGAUGUUACAUAACUAUAUUACCUUGAUCUAGAACACUUGAUUUUCAAGCCGUGGAUUUAAUCGUAAUGUUUCAUGUCAAACUGUACCGUUAUAUUGAUGUACCACAUGUACACAAAACAAAAGAGUAGAUUAUAGGUAUCGUAUAUAUUUGAGCAGGCUACAAAGGACAAUGCUACGGUCAUUUGAUCUUUAUACAGUUUUAACAUAUGGUUAAAAACAUCAAUCGUUGAACCAUGUAGUACUUUUAAGUAAUCCUAUUGAUAUUUGUUUUUGUUGAUGUUCAUGCCAUUUUUUUUUUUUUGUAUAACUUCAUAAAUACGUUAAUAAAAUAUUUUUAUACUG